AUGAAAAAAUGCAUAGACCAUUGGACAUCAUUGGUCGGAUCAUUAUUCUUUAUCGGGAUACUGUUGUUGACGGUUAAUGCACAGCAAUGUUGCUAUCAAGUUGUAUAUGACAUAUUACCAGGAGGACAGACACAAGUAAAUGUAAGUGGUACAAGUGAAACAGCAGCAGACAGCAACUCUUAUCAUGCACUUGUCCAAUUCCCUGCGGACUACAUGAUCCAAGGAGAACCAACAUCACCAUUCGACAAAAUCACAUGCACAAAACAAGGACAGAACGGAUAUGAAUGUGAUACACAAAACUAUGAACGAUUUUUCGCCUCAUUCAUUCUAACAGUCCCCGGAAAUGGAGCACCCACGGCUACGGGUCAAACGCAAGUAGUUGCUCCGAAGGUCGCCUUGACAUUAUUCGGUCAAUCCUGUCAACAACAAAAUUUCUGUUCUGAUCAAGUAGCCGCGUCCAAAAAUCGCGAUAGCAUUUCGUUGGGAUUCUUGGGCAGGUGGCCGAAAUAUGUGGUGAUUAUUGUUGGAGUGAUUGCUGGAUUGUUGUUACUUGGUGGAAUUUAUUAUUUGUGGAAACGACAUAAUCCAAACAAUAAGCAUCAUGACAAAUCAGAAGUUACUGACAUUAUUACUCGACAUCGUCAUCGUGACAGUGGUGUUAGUGGUCACCAUAAUAUCAGGGAACCAGGAUCUACUUUAUUGGGUCCGGUGAAAAAUGGUAAUAAAUUCACUUUUAGUGAUCGACUAUUAAUAUCGCAAAUUCCAGGAGCAGUUCCUAAAUCAUCCACCAAUAUUAAUGAAAAAAAUUCUCGAGGGUUAUUUGACGGAACAAGACCUAAAUCAUACAGAGGAACAAAAGAUAAAAAUGACAAGAAUACACAUGGUGGUGGAGGCGGUGGUAACGUAGCUGUAGAGAUUUAUGGUGAAAAACCACGAGGAAAAGCUCUUGGAUCCGGACUAUCGGGAAGUCAAUUACCAAUGUCAUCAUUCGCGGUAGACAUAGAUGGAAGUGUGUCUGAAGUGUCUGCUGAUGCAGAAAAUGAUUUCAUGCAAAGAACUCGUGUUGCAGAUAUUAAAACGUUACCUGCGGCAGUCCGUGUUGCUAAUAAUAGUGAUUUAGCUCGUAUAGCUUCGGCACUUGCGAGAUCAUCAACAGUAAGAUCCUCAAGAGGAGAUAAAGAGUAUCGAGAUUCACGUUCAUAUAAGCGAUCAUCUUCACAAAAUCUAGAUGAACUAAGAGAAGGUCGAAGAGAAGAGCAAAGUAAAUCACGGCAAAUUCGAUCACCAUCUACAACUCGUGAUCAUAACACAUCAAGUCGUGAUCAUAAAACAGAGAAAAGACGAGGCGAUGAGAAAAAAUCACAAGCUGAAAAGAUAAUGGCCGAAGCAAAUACAACAUCGUUAGCAGAUUUAGUUCGUAAACGGAGAAAGAAAUCUAAAAAGAAAAUAUCAAGUGAUGAAGAUUCUUCAGAAUCAAAAUUAUCGGAUGCUGAUAGUGAUAAUUCGUCUGAUUUACCAAUAGGUGAUCGAUUACCACUAGCGAUGAUUGGAUCUCCUGUUACCUCACAAAAAUCACCACCACAAUCACCAAUAACUCCAAUCUUUGACUCAAAAAAAUCCAAAAAUAUGACCACAAAACCAUCAAAACAUGGUAGUGGCAACAUAUCAUUUAAUACUAAAUCUACAAUUCAGCAGCCAGUUUCAUCGUCAUCGAAACCGAGACUCUCUUCCCAAUUCUUAGUAUUACAAAAUGACAGUGAAGACGGAGGUAGCAGUAACAAUGGUGGAUACUAUGAAUCAAUCUUAAAUGAUGUCUUGAAUGUUGGUGAUUUCACCGGUUCGGAAAUUAGUAAUGGAAGUGAAGAGAUUCCGAUUGGACGACGAUUACAGGUUUUACGUGAUGAGAAGAAAAGAGGUUCUGGUGGUGGUUGGGGUAAAAGUAGUGCUAGUGAAGAUGAUGAAGUUCCUAUUGGAUUACGAAUGGGAAUUACAAAAUGA